GGGUGUGGUAGUCAGGAGGUGUUCGCUGCCUGGUAGUCAUGUGGGUCUGGCUGUAGUAAACAGUAGACUGCGGCAGCAGCUGAAGGGGACACACCAUGGCUAACCUGAGUAACGUGUCGAGGUGCUGGAGGAGUGUGGCUCACGUGGCCCGCCAGAGGGGCUUCAGUUCUGCCAGAAGUAUCGUGGGGAGGCGGUGUUACAGCUCGGCCCUCCUGCAGGAGUCCCCCGGGAGGAGGUGGUGGGGUAGAGGCCAGGCAACCAGUGCCUCUCUGGGGCCUACUGUAACUACUUCGUUGCCUCCUGUGGGCGGCCUGAAGCCUUCUUCUGUACUUUCAAGCACAUAUUCACCACACUUGAGGGUGCAUCAUCGCAGUUAUUGUGCCCAACGUGGAGAUGGUGCAGAGGGAGUCAGUGGUGGGGAAACACAACAAGCGGAUGAUGGAAGUGAAGGUCCUACAAUUCAAAAUCUUCCAGCCACAAUGAUGGUGCCGGAGGUGUGGCCCAGCGUACCUGUCAUUGCCAUCAGCAGAAAUCCAGUCUUUCCACGAUUCAUUAAAAUUAUAGAGGUUGGAGAUAAAGACCUCAUAAAUCUUAUAAGAAGAAAGGUUCGACUUAAUCAACCAUAUGCUGGAGUCUUUAUGAAGAAAAAUGAGAGCGAUGAGCGAGAAGUCGUUGAUAAGAUGAGUGAGCUCUAUCCUGUCGGUACCUUUGUUCAGAUUCAUGAGCUACAAGACAUGGGAGACAAGCUGCGAAUGAUUGUGAUGGCCCACCGACGCAUCAGUAUGACAGCUGUCCUCCCUGAUGAACCACAAGAGGAGGAACAAGAGCUGGCAAAGUCUGGAAAAGCCACUGUUGAACUACGGCUUCCACCAUUUAACUCGCCCAUCACUGUUCCUUUAGAAGAUAAAUCAAGUAGUGAGGCAGAUUCUGGCAAUGGUAGAAUGCGUAGAUUGCUACGGAGGAAGCGAAAACAAUCCGAAGAAACAUCAAAGGCAGGUGAAACUGCAGAUGUUACAAAGGAAGGAGCUACUGACAGUACUUCAGAGAAGGCUGAUGCUUCCACCCAAACUCCUCCAGUUCCGCCCCCUCCACCUCGAGUGCUGGUAGUUCAAGUGGAAAAUGUUAAUCAUGAUAAAUUCCAGAUCACUGAGGAAGUUAAGGCACUGACCCAAGAAAUUAUCAAGACAAUCCGUGACAUCAUUGCUCUUAAUCCACUGUAUCGGGAAAGUGUUCAGCAGAUGAUUCAGCAUGGGCAGCGUGUAGUUGAUAAUCCUGUUUAUCUGGCAGAUCUGGGAGCUUCCUUGACGUCAGCUAGUCCUAAUGAACUCCAACAGGUCCUAGAAGAAACUCAGAUUCCUGCUCGGUUGAUGUUGGCACUCUCACUCUUGAAGAAGGAAUAUGAACUUAGUAAAUUGCAGGCAUCUAUUGCAAAGGAGGUAGAAGAAAAAGUUCGGUCACAGCAUAGAAAGUACAUGUUACAAGAGCAGCUUAAGGUAAUAAAGAAAGAGCUAGGCAUAGAAAAGGAAGAUAAGGAUGCUAUUGAAGAGAAGUUCCGUGCAAGACUGAAGGAUAAAGAAGUCCCAACAGCUGUUCAAGAUGUGAUCGAUGAAGAACUUAAUAAAUUAGGAUUUCUUGAUAACCAUUCCUCGGAGUUUAAUGUAACGAGAAAUUACCUGGACUGGUUAACGAUGUUACCUUGGGGUAUAACUUCAAAAGAGAAUCUUGACUUGAAACAAGCUCGUCAGAUCUUGGAUGAGGACCAUUAUGGGAUGGAAGAUGUCAAGAAGAGAAUUUUAGAGUUCAUAGCAGUGGCACAACUACGAGGUACAACCCAAGGAAAAAUUCUUUGUUUCUAUGGUCCUCCUGGUGUAGGCAAGACCAGCAUUGCUCGCUCCAUUGCACGAGCUCUCAACAGAGAGUAUUUCAGGUUCAGUGUAGGUGGUAUGACAGAUGUUGCAGAAAUCAAGGGUCACAGGCGGACAUACGUAGGUGCUAUGCCAGGCAAGCUCAUCCAGUGCCUGAAGAAGACGAAGACAGAGAAUCCAGUAGUUCUUAUUGAUGAGGUGGAUAAGAUUGGCCGAGGAUACCAGGGUGACCCAUCUGCUGCUCUGCUUGAGCUUCUCGAUCCAGAACAAAAUGCCAACUUCUUAGACCAUUACCUUGAUGUGAAUGUUGACCUCUCUAAGGUGCUGUUCAUCUGUACAGCAAAUAUCUUGGAUACAAUCCCAGAACCACUGCGUGAUAGGAUGGAAAUGAUUGACGUGUCUGGAUAUGUUGCCGAGGAGAAGAUGGCUAUUGCGAACACUUACCUUGUUCCCGUUGCACAAAAACUUUGUGGCCUUGACUUGACCAAGUUAACGUUAAAUGAUUCUGCUGUGGAUAAGUUAAUACGUCAUUAUUGCCGAGAAUCAGGUGUCAGGAAUCUUCAGAAGCACAUUGAGAGAAUAAUGCGAAGAGCAGCAUAUAACAUUGCCAGUGGUGAAGCUGAAAAGGUUGAUGUGACAGCUGAUAAUCUAGAGAGUUUUGUUGGUAAACCCAAGUUCAGCCAUGAUCGCUUGUACAAUGAAACUCCUCCUGGUGUGGUCAUGGGUCUUGCAUGGACUGCUAUGGGUGGAUCAACUUUGUAUAUUGAGACAAUGGCACGCUCUGUUGAGGGGAAUAAAGAGGGACGUCUAGAAACGACUGGUCACCUUGGUGAUGUAAUGAAAGAGUCGACACGUAUUGCUUAUACUUUUGCCAAGCAUUUUGUAGCUGAAAAAUAUCCUACCAAUAAACUGCUUGAGAAGUCCAAUAUUCAUCUUCAUGUGCCAGAGGGAGCAACGCCAAAAGAUGGACCAAGUGCAGGGGUAACUAUUGUGACAGCCUUGGUGUCACUAGCUGCAGGUAAACCAGCUCGACAAAACAUAGCCAUGACGGGGGAAUUGUCUCUCACUGGCAAAGUACUUCCUGUAGGAGGAAUCAAAGAGAAAACUAUUGCAGCAAAACGUGUGGGAGUAUCCUGCAUUAUAAUACCUGCAGAGAACCGGAAGGACUUCAGUGAUCUUCCUAGUUUUAUAUAUGAAGGACUUGAAGUUCAUUUUGCAGAUCAUUACGAAGAUGUCUACAAAAUAGUUUUUCAAGACUAAUUCAUCAUGUAUAAUAAAGGAUUUGCUGCUUGGUUGAAUUGCUAUAAGGUAAAAUUUCCUGUGUAGGCUUUGUAAAACAAAAUUUGUGGCUUCUUGAAAGUUGUUGUAUAAAAAUGUGUAUAGAAUAUCCUUUAUGUGGGCAAAUGAUAAUGAAAAGAAUGUAAGUCAACACACUGGUUAUUUAUCAACAUUCCUUUUACUUAUUGCUGUAUACAAGAUGAAAAAGUACACCAAACCUUAUAUAAAAUGAAAGUUAUUGUACCCAAGUCAAGUACAGUAUCUUAAAACCUUUUAUAUUGCUAGUGUGUUGAAUAUGAUGUUGUUAGGCAUACGACAUAGAAGUCACAUUGACGAACAUGCUUGUAAUAUGUACAUUGUAAUUUUCCAGUAUGUUAAAACAUGAAUUACACAAAGUUUCACUUUUAGUUUCCACUAAUAUUUUCAAAUGUAUCAUAAUAAAGACAAUAACUCCA